UUUUUUUUAAGUAUUUAUUUAUUUACUAUAUAUGAGUACACUGUAGCUGUUUGUUCAAACACACCAGAAGAGGGCAUCAGAUCUCUUUACAGAUGGUUGUGAGCCACCAUGUGGUUGCUGGGAAUUGAACUCAUAAGAGCAGACGGGUGCUCUUAACUGCUGAGCCAUCUCUCCAGCUCGAGAAGGCUUUCUUGGUGCCCUCUGCCAUCUUCUGGCCUAUCUUCAUUUUUUUUUUCCUUUCACCAGCCCAUGGGAAUAAGUUAGCAGGCCUGCUGGCUAAUAAGAUGUCCCUUUGAAGAACAGAAUACUGCUCUCUCCAGGUUGAAAGAAACCCUGUUAAUUACUAGGAACCUGUUGUCUGCAACUGCUGAGAGAGAGAGAGAGAGAGAGAGAGAGAGAGAGAGAGAGAGAGAGAGAUGCUUCUGUCUAUGGUUGCUACACUAUCCUCAAAACUGCUAUGCCAUUGCUCUGUGUGUUUCCUACAGGUUAAUUGGGGAUGGGUAGUGUCAAUGCAAAAACCACAGUUUUUAAUCUUAAAGAAAAUACUGGAUGCUUUGUUCUGGAGCCAUUUUGAGUGAUCAUGGCCUGAGAAUGUAGUUUUAGAUCAUUAAAAAUUCCAUGUUCCGACAUGAAAGCAGUUUCAUGAGGUUUUCAAAGUUUUAUGGAACAGCUGGGUGGUGGUGGUACACACCUUUAAUCCCAGCACUUGGGAGGGAGAGGCAGGCAGAUCUCUGUGAGUUUGAGGCCAGCCUGGUCUACAGAGUGAGUUCUAGGACAGCCAAGACUACACAGAAAAACCUGUCUCGAAACAAAGUCAUAAACCAAGGCAAGUUUAAAAUACAUUGGUGGACACACACAUCAGAAAGAAAGUUAUAGGAAGAGGGGAGUGGACAUAGCUUCUUUUCAGGAGUUUUCAUUCACAGUAGGGGAACUAGCUUCUCACAGGGACCUGGGGACAAGUUGCCAACGAUAAGAUUGGACUUUCUGGGAUCGGAAGAUAGGUCAGUUGGUAAAAUGUUUGCCAUGGGACCAGUAGGUCCUGAGUUUGAUCCCAGAACCCACCUAAAAUAUCUGGGUGAGGUCGCACACACUUGUCAUUCCAGUAAGAUACGAGGAACUCUGGAGUUCACUGGAUACUAAGCUGCCGACCAGUAAGAGACGAAAGGAAACUAUGAGAACAGUGCCUGAGUAGUGACACGGGGUUGACCUCUGGCCUCUACAUGCGUGUGCGUACAUACACAUGGAUCCACGUGCGUGGGAACCUGCGCGGGUGCACACAUGUGUGAGUGUGCACACACACAUUUUAAAAAAGAUUUCGUUUUCUGAAGCCCAACCCAAGCGUAGGUCUGUCGUUUGUCUUAGAUAUUUCAGAUUCUAACUUUAUGUAUUUGUCUGUACUUCUGUGACACACAUACAUCUGUAGAAGGUGGGUCUAUUUUGAGGCUAUGUCCCCUGAGCCAUCAGACCAACUCCUGAAGGUAUUACAUUGCCUCUUUGGCCAAUACUAAUUUCUAUUUUGCUGAUGACUCAGGGCUGGUAUUACAAAUCGUCGUUGUUCUGGCUCUAUGCAGCAUUCUAAGGAUUGAACCCAGGGCCUCACACAAGCAAGGCAAACCUCUCUACCUCUCAGCUACAACCGCAGUCUCUGAAAAAAAGAGGGUCUGUCUUGAGCUUGUAUGUCCCCAAGCUGUUCACCCCGAAUACUGUGACGUAUAAUGUCUGAAUGGCCAUUGCGUUGUGUUACACUGUAAAGCUGACACCCAGAUGAAUUAAAUUCCCCAGAUGAUGGGUAGGUCUUUUUCUCUUGUUCCAAGUCACGCAUUAAUACUGCUGCGGCUCAAUGUGAUGACUGGGAACGAGUUUAAUUUGCAAAGACGAUUAGGCAAUUUCAUGGCUGACUUGAAGCAUUUGUCUCUCUGGCCACUGAGUUGGCUCUGGUUGUCACCCUAACAGCCUCCCUGCCAUCCAGAGGAGAGACGGGUGUGAGGAGCACAGAUCUCGGUCGUCUACUGCACACACCAGAGUGGGCAUGUCCGUAGGGCAUUUUCUUAACCGGUGUAGGAGGGCCCAGCUGACUGUGUGCUACCCCCGGACAGGUGGUCCUGGGUAGGCACGAGAAAGCUGGCUUAACCAGGCUCAGUGGUAUAGGCAGGCCUGAUAAUGAUGCAGGCAGAACCCUGUGAGUUCCAGGCCAGGCAAGGCUACAUAGUGAGACCUCAUCUCAAAAAACAGAAAAGGAAAAGAAAGGGUUUGCAUGGAGAGAUAGCUCCAUGGUUAAGAGCACUGUCUGCUCUUCCGGAAGACGCAGGUCCAGUUCCCAGCACUGAUAUGACGGCUGUCAACUGUCUGUGAUUCCGGUUUUCGUGGAGAUCCAUCUGACACCCAUUCUGCCCUCCUCAGGCACCAGGCCUGUGUGCAGACAAAUCUGUACACAUAAAGUAAAGGAAGGAAAACUGAACUCAACAUGAGCCUAGAAGCAAGCCAGUAAGCAGUGUCCUUCCGUGGUCUGUGUCUUAUUUCCUUCCUUGCCUUCUCUUAUAGGACAGCAAAGCUCUUUUCUCCCAAAGUUGCUUUUGGUCACUGUUUACUUGCAGCACAGAGAAGCAACCAAGACAUUUGCUUAACACAGUAAGGGCUGGGCUCAGGCCGCCUCAGUACCUGCACAUUCACAGCAGUCAAAAAUGAAUGGUGCUGGAGAGAUGGGUCAGCAGUUAAGAGGUCCAGAGUUCGAUUCCUGGCAACCACGUGGUGGCUCACAACCAUCUGUAAUGGGAUCUGAUGCCCUCUUCUGGUGUGUCUGAAGACAGCUACAGUAUUCCUGUAGACAUAAAAUAAAUCUUUUUUAAAAAAUCAAUAAAUGCUUUUUGUCUUCUAAGAGUGAAGAGAAUGAAUGACAUUUUCUCGCUUUUGCCUAGCCAGUGCUUGUGUAAAGUGAGUUUGAGGAAUACAGUGGUCGUUUACAUCAGUCUUCAGGUCCCGUUUUUGCGUUCUUCUCUCACUGUCUCAUGUUUAACUCAUUCUCUUGACAAAUGUUUAUUAAGUGUGCUGCUUCGGUGUUCACCGGGGGCCUUCCCGACGCGGUGUGAACCAGGACAAGGUUCCUGCUGAAUCCAUGCUCCCCAGGGCUGGUGCUGAGGGGAGGAGACUGCAUGUACACAUGUAGUAAAGUGGAUUGACCAGGGCCAUGUGGAGCAGGGACAGGACCUGCUUAGGUUAAGGACGGUAGGGAGCUGAGAAGGGCCCUCAUUCCCACCCACCUGCUCCACCUGGUAAGCUGGUGCUACACUCUUGGCAGGCAGGAGGGCAGGCCUUGUCGAUCCUGGCAAACCUAGUGAGACUGUCUGGACUCCAGCCUGCUAAGUGGGGCAUGCAGUUUCUUUUGGGAAAAGAGACUAAGAGAUUCAAAGUCUUAAACGAUUAAACAAGAAUACGGCUCCCAAAUCACUCACUGCCUUAAUAAAGUUCAUUAAAACAGAAUGUAUAUUUAAAGCUGCCGAAUGAUUAACCUUACUGCAGUGUAAGUACUAAUAGCUAAAUUCCUUCCCGAGGCCUAAGGGCAUCUUGAGUUAGGAAGUGAGGAAUGGAUUGUAAACCUUUGGCAUUUGGAAGUAAUAAGUCACAGACGUCUAUACUAUAAAACCAGAUAAAAUGCCCAAGUUUGGGACUAGAGAGGUGGGUUAGGGUUCAGAACACUGGCUGUUCCUGCAGAGGACCCAGAUUUGGUUCUCAGCACCCGUGUUGGGCAGCUCACAACUUCUAGAGAUUGCACUUCCAAAGAAUCUGAUGUCCUGUGACCUCUCCACAGACACACACACACACACACACACACACACACACACACACACACAGAGUGUGCACAUAAACUUGUACAGGCACUCACAAAUACACAUAAAAUAAGUUUUAAAAAUCUUUAAAGAAUAGCCAGUCGCUCUGGGAAAACUACCUGCUCUGAAGAUUCUGACACUGUGGACUGUAUCCAUUUCCCCUGGACAGCUCCCACACACACAAGAUCAGUGCAGAAGUAGACCUUGUGUUUCGGUUUUACUGAUGACUGGACUGUGGUGCAUAGAUUGUGGGGCAGUGGACCAUGCCACCAGACAAACCCGGUAAGGUCGAGCAGAUUCAGGAACCCCAGCAAGUCUCAUAGCUGAUAGCGGUAGGCAUUAAAAUCUACUCCUGACCAGGUUUCUGUCCUAGAGCACAUGACCCUGACACCCCAUUGAGAGGGCCGUGACAAUCAGUUACAUAGGGACAACACCUGAGUUCUCCCUGCAGAUGUGGCAUCCCUAACAUCUCAGACCAAGCCCAUAGGAGACAUCUGCUGUUAGGUCCCAACCCACCCCAAAAUGUUUAUAAGGCCCUAUCCACAGGGAAUAAAGUACAUGAGCUACUUCACCAAAGACCUCGUGAGAGCGCCAGUCACAUGGAGCUGUAACACUCCAGGGUAGACUGUUCUACCAAAGCUUUUGUCGCUGGACCUCUACCUGGAGCAACCAGCUGGGUGCUCGAGCCUAUCACAGCCACUUCUGCUUGGUGUCCCUUACCUUGGCUUCUAGCCCCCUGCCACAGAGCAGCCUGCCUUGCUCUGACUUCCCCUCAGAGAACUGCGAUUCUGUAACCACUCUGGCUGGGCCAGAGCCCCUCAGACCUCUGAGGAUAGCACCUGGCACACAGCCGGGCAAUAAAAGAUCAUUUGUCUGAACUCUGCCCUGAGCCAGGCCAUUUUUUUUUUCUACUGCAGUGAGAACCCUGACAACAGAGUUUGCCUACCUGUGAGCUAACAGAGGAAGCUGACUCCUUGACUAGGAAGGCAAGAGACCCACAGUGGCCCCAGCAGUUGUCCUGAUAUUUUGCAGCCUGGAUUGAGGUGGACCCCACCUCCCGUCGGCUGUGCACUCCUGAGGGCCUGAAGAUGGAGUAGUAACAAAGGCAUCCCCCAUGAUUCUCAGCACCCUUCCCUGUGGACUCCAGCCCCAGCCAGAGGCUGCAUGUGGAGCUGAAGAAACUGACCAGCUGCUUUCCUGAGAGCCCCUUUCUCUCCUAAUUCAUGAGCCAGCAGGAUGCGGUCGCCGCGCUUUCAGAACGCCUGCUCAUAGCUGCGUACAAAGGCCAAACAGAGAAUGUGGUUCAGCUCAUCAACAAGGGUGCCAAGGUAGCGGUUACCAAGCAUGGCCGGACCCCCUUGCACCUCGCUGCCAAUAAGGGUCAUCUUUCUGUGGUGCAGAUUUUGCUGAAGGCUGGCUGUGACCUCGAUGUACAAGAUGAUGGGGACCAGACAGCCUUGCACCGGGCCACUGUGGUGGGCAACACUGAGAUCCUCACAGCGCUUAUCCGGGAGGGAUGUGCCCUGGACAGACAGGACAAGGAUGGGAAUACGGCCCUGCAUGAAGCCGCCUGGCAUGGAUUCAGCCAGUCAGCCAAGCUGCUCGUUAAAGCCGGAGCCAACGUGCUUGCCAGAAACAAGGCAGGGAACACGGCUCUGCACCUGGCCUGCCAGAAUAGUCACUCCCAGAGCACACGCGUCCUCCUGCUGGGCGGCUCCCGGGCUGACCUCAAAAAUAAUGCAGGGGACACCUGCUUGCACGUGGCUGCGCGCUAUAACCACUUGUCCGUUGUUAGACUCCUCCUCAGUGCUUUCUGCUCUGUUCAUGAAAAGAACCAGGCUGGAGACACGGCCCUCCAUGUGGCCGCUGCCCUAAAUCACAAGAAGGUAGUUAAAAUCCUGCUGGAAGCCGGUGCUGACACGACCCUUGUGAACAAUGCAGGGCAGACCCCACUGGAGACCGCCCGCUACCACGACAAUCCCGAAGUUGCUCUGCUCCUCACCAAGGCUCCCCAGAUCUUGCGCUUCAGUCGUGGGCGAAGCCUGAGGAAAAGGAGGGAGAGGCUCAAGGAAGAGAGGAGGGCUCAGUCUGUGCCCAGAGAUGAGGUGGCCCAGAGCAAGGGAAGCGUCUCAGCAGGAGACACCCCCAGCAGUGAACAAGCUGUACCCGAAAAGGAAGAAGCUAGGAGAGAUUGCCCACCAGCUUCCCAGGAGCCAAGAAAGGAUGAAAGGAGGAGAAAGUCAAGGCCAGAGGUGUCAGCACUAUCUGACCCCACCCCAGCAGCAGACCAACAACCUGGACACCAAAAGAACCUACAUGGUCAUCACCACCAAAAAAAGAAGAGCAGACAUCGAUGCUGGUCCCCACCACCGCCCCACGGGUUCAGGGCGUACCAGCUCUACACGCUGUACCGUGGCGAGGACGGGAAAGUGAUGCAGGCACCAAUCAAAGGUUGUCGCUGUGAGCCUCUGAUCAACAAGCUGGAGAACCAGCUGGAGGCGGCUGUGGAGGAGUUAAGAGCUGAGCUGGGAACAGUGCAGGACAAAGUGAACACAAAGCUGGGCCACAUGGAGAGCAAGAGCCAGCACCAAAUGUGCGUUUUGGACAAACUGAUGGUGGAGCGGCUGUCAGCUGAGAGAACGGAAUGUCUGAAUCGCCUGCAGCAGCAUGCAGCUGCUGAGAAGCAGGAGGGAGAGAAACGUCAGAUGUCAUUGGUGGAUGAACUGAAAUCCUGGUGUAUGUUGAAGAUCCAGAAUCUGGAGUUGAGACUUUCGGGAGAGUCUCGGACCUUUAGAGCUAAAUCCACACCAUCUCCCUCCGACUCCUCUCCAGCUGUAGACCAACCAGUGGUAGCUGCAGGGCCGGGAGCAGCUUCCGACAGCUCCUCUCAGGUUGUGAGGCCCAAGGACAAGGCACUCAAUGCCACUGCUGUCCCCAGACACCAGCAGGAGCUGCUUCCCUCUGAUUGCACAGGCUCCGGGUUAAGGAAGGUCAAGGCCCCGGCUGCUUCCAGACUGGGUGAUCAGCAGACUGGGUCCUGUGUCAACCGAGGCACUCAAACCAAGAAGUCUGCGAGAGGUGGGCAGACCAAGCAUCGAGGCCAACAACCGACAGCCAGCAGCCCCAGUGGGCAGCAGCCAUCCGCGGCAAGCAGUGACGCCCGAGAUGCCUCGCAAGCCCUGGAGCUAACCCAGUAUUUUUUUGAGGCUGUUUCUGCUCAGAUGGAAAAGUGGUACGAACGGAAAAUUGAAGAAGCACGAAGCCAGGCCAGUCAGAAAGCUCAGCAAGAUGAGGCCACACUGAAGGAGCACAUCAGGAGUCUAGAAGAGGAGGUUGCCAAGCUGCGCACAAAGAUGCACAAGUAAAACCAGAUUCUGAAGUGGACCCAGCAGGGUUUCCAGCUUGAUAACAGCAAAGUAACUGUGUCCCCGGAGUUGGUUGUCAUGCACAAGGUGGAUUUGCCUUUAAUAGAGUCACUAAUUGGUUGUGGACACAUACUUCGUGCUCUGAAGUUACAAGGCCUUCACUGGUUAAAAUGAAUCCUGGGAAGAUGUCUAUAAACAGCAAGACACCAAGAAGAGGAGGUGUGACCCACGUCUGUGAUUCAUGAAGUGUGUCAGAAGCAAAGCAGAGAACUCUGGGAACCCAGUAGCCAUUCACGUCCAUGCCAACACACCUGCUGUGCCUAGACGGUCCUUCUAGCAGAGCUGGGACUCAGAUGCGGGAAGCCCUCUUUCUCCCAUGUAACUCAAGAUGCUCAUCUUUUAAAGGGGUGAAACCCUUUCAGGUUGUGAGGAUAUACACUGUAAUGACCUCAGUGUCCAGUGUGUCUUCAAGUAAGUUUAAGGAUCAUAUAAAGGAGUAGCAAUUGCUGACUGUCAAGUGAGAAGGGUUUAAACCAUUGGUCAGUUACUGUGAUUUUGGCCAAAUAACUGAGCAGAUUAAUGGAAAAAUAUUCACCAAACAACUCCAGCCAGUUACCUUAGAUUACCUUUCUAGAGUCAAGACGUUUGUUCCAUGUUUUGUAAAGAAAUCAGGAAAUAUCACGAAAGUUUAAUUUUGAAUUGACUUCUCACUGAAGAACAUCAAGCCGUCAAAAGGCGUUGCCUGUUUACUGAGUAAGAUGUACCAGACUGAGGUGGUGACUCUAUCUUGGUUGGGACCUUGGAUUUGCCUAAUCCUUUGGUACAUGGAACACGGAUUAUGUCUGUCUCCACAUAUGCAUAGAAACGUAUGUUUCUCUAAGCCUAAGGACCUAAUAACUACUAUCCAUGAAUUGUAACUAAAAUGCUGUUCAUUGAGCCAAAGAGAAGUGAUCUUUGCGGAAUAGUAUGCAUUUAUGCCUUGGUCAAGCCAAGUUCUUCCUUUUGCUUAUAGUGACAAUCCACGGAUAGACAUUCGUAUAAACACGACAGGGCAGAUAUUGGGUAUGCAUCAUCCAGUGAGCCCAAUUAUUUCCUGGGACCGACCUAUCCUCAGCCUCUUGGGAGGUACAGCCCUUCCCCAUUCUCCUUCACCGGAGUCCUGUCCUCAGCUCACUUGCACCUGAGCCCUGCUAUGACACUACCCACAACAAAAUGUCACUCACUCCUGUAGGAUCACUCCUUAUUCAUACAGCAAAUUAUUGGGAACUGCCUAAUACUAAGUAAGAGAUGAAACCCCGAGUUCAGCAUGAGUUAUUUUCACUAUUAGAAUACUCAUUACCUCAAGAAACCCUUGACAAGAAGGGCAGAAAUCAACUGUAACUGAACAUCAAGUCUAGACCACAGAAUAUCUUAGUGGCAGUGCUUUGAUGAUAUCCUCCUACCUAUGAGAAGCAGGCAGCUUAUCACUGUGAAUGGAUGUUUUUGUCAAGUCAUUAAGCAUAAAGACCAGGCUAUUGUCUAAGGCCAGUCAGCCCCUUACCCACAGGGUUGACUUCUGAGGAAGUGGUGGUUGGCUUGUUUUUGGAAGGCUUACCGUGUACUCUAGACUGGCUUUGGUCUCAUGACCUUCCUGUCGCAGCCACCUGAGUUGGGACUAAAGGAGUGAGCCCCAUGGCCAAUCAUGUUUUGUUUGUAACACCAGUGUUAGGUUUGUGGCAAUUGGUCCUCAGCAUUGUACAGCACUGAGGAUCAGCUGUGUCUUUCCCCUCGUGCUGUGUGCAAAAAACAAAUAUCCCAGCUGUACUUUUACAGAUAACUGCUCAUACCAUACACUCUCACAAUAGGUCAUGUUUCAAACCGAGGCCUAAAAAGUGUCAACAGCCGUGAAGAAACAUGUUAUAAAACAGUAGUGUUGCAUAUCAAUGUCCUUUUUAAAAAACAGGUAAUUGUUAGCACAUCCCUUAGAGUGCAUACUGAGCAUCUGUGCUGGGGUGAAAGUGUUAGUCUAGCAUCACUUUUGAUGUGGAGUCCAAAAUACAGGUUUUUCAUGUUUAGAUUUGUGUGUGCAAGGCAUGCUGUCUAAUUUUUUUAGUCACCUUGAACUUGUGUCUCCUAUAAGCAUUAAACGUUUGAGUUCUGUCGGUA